UAAAGCAAUAAUAGUUAACAUGUCAUUAGUUGCGUAUGCAGCGAGCAGCGACGAGGAAAGUGAAAGUGAGGAGGAUAACACUGGAACGCAAGUGCAACUUCUGCAAACAACAACAAAGCCAGUUGAGGUGAAAGCAAAAGCAAUCAAUGGCCACAUUAGCGAUGAGGAUGAUGAUUUCAUACCGCAAGAGGUGUCCUUGCAAGAGCUAAGGCCACCCAGUGGCCGACUUACGCUUGCCCUGCCCAAACCCAAAGUUGCCGCCAACGUGAAAGACGCAGAUGAGGAGGAGCAGCAGCCGGAUGAGCAAGUUACUCAAGCGUUUGCCAAGUUGCCUAUGCCUAGGACUGUACGGAAAACAGCUGCUAUUCCGGAAGAAGCGGACGAUGAGUUUCUACACAAAAAGGCUGUGCCUGCAGCAGGUAGCACAGCAUUGGAAAAGCCACCGGCAGCUGUCAAGGGACGCGUGAAGAUUAGCAUACCAUCGCUGAGGGACUUCGCCGAUGUGGACAAGGAACAGGCAGAGAAACAACAGCAGCAGGGCAGGCAACAACAUGGCAAGUCGUCAAAGGGUUGUGGACUGCUCAGCAUUCUACCACUGGCCAAAUCCGAAAGGGUUUUCGCCAAGAAAUCCGAACCGUUGACUGCUCAAGAAAAUCAGGGAGCUGCGGUGCCUUCAAAGCCUGUGGCACCCGCCUUUGUGCCAGAUACAGUUAAGCUGCGACGUGCCGCGCACAAUACUGAAGGCGUCGAUGGACUUGGGCGUAAACAGCAACCCGGCAAGCAAACCAAAAGCCUGCCAAAUCCCAUGCCAACUGUCAGCGACAGCGAGGAGGAUGACGACCAGGAUGAGGAUGCUGAUGUUGGUGAUUUCUUUUCGCUGAACAGCGAGCAACAGUUGCCGUCGGUGAGCAGCAAUGAGAUUAACGCACUGGUUGCCAAACGUGCUGCCAAAAUGGUCGAAGCCAGCCAGAAGUUCUUAGCGGACCAGGAGAAGGAGCAGGAGCACGAGGAGGCAGCAGCUCAACAGAAGGUAGCAGAGCUACAGCUCGCCCAGAAACGCUAUCACGAACAGCACUUAAAUACGGAGGCAAUGGAUGCACUGGUGGGCAAGAAUGCAAAGCGACGGCGCAAGGAGGCCCAGGAAAUGCAACUGAUUGACAUAUCCGGCGCGCAAGUGAUGCCCGAUCGGGAGGAAUGGAUGCGCACAGCGCUGGCAUCGACGACCGCAUUUCAAGCGACGGGCGUGCUCACUGAUGAGGAGCCCGUGGCGGGCACGCGACGCAAACAUCAAAUCACCUAUUUGGCGCACAAGGCCAAGGCCAAUGAGGCGGAGUUGCAGGCGAUGUGGUCGGCCAAUAGGCAAACCCGUCGCGCCACCCAAAACAAAUACGGAUUCUAAACACUGUCUCAUCAUUCUUAUAUAUCAAUUACAAAUAAACUUAGCUUAAGCAUAAUAAUAUAAA